AUGCGUGUCUCCGCUCAGCUUAUCACCGGCCUGGCCCUCGCCGCCAGCGCCAACGCAAGCCUAUACAGAAGAGCACACGAGACAUCCACUAGCACCGAAGUAACCACUACCCCAACCGAAAACGCCACCCCCGUCGUCGAUCAAGAGGUCUCCGCCACCGAGACCAACACCCCCGCAACAACCGAGAGCGAUGAGGUCCCCACCGUUCUCUCCAGCGCGGAUGCCCAUCCCGCCGAGACGACAAGCAUCCCUCUCAUCAAGCCCACCGCCGCCGCAUCCUCCUCCGCCGCUGCUAGUUCCUCCGCCGCCGGCAUCUCGACUGCCGCGCGUCCCAAGGCUACUGGCACUGGCGACUACGUUGGUCUCGUUGAUCCCAGCGAGGAGUCGAGCACCAGUCGCGGCCACAGCAGUGGCAGCCACAGUGACAGCGGCGGCAGCAGCAGCAGCAGCAGCAGCAGCAAUGACGACGCUGAAGAAAGCGCUAAACCCACCACGGCCCGUCAUACCAACCCGGGCUCCACCCUCGUGGUGCCUGGCCUCGCUGCUCUAGGUAGUCUUGCCAUUGGCUUGAUGGUUCUCGUUUGA